AUAAAUGUCACAAAUUAUUUUAUAUUUUUCAACAUUUUUGAGAAUUUUUCACAUGCAACUACAGUAAAAUCGUUGGGUGUUUUUUAUUCUCGUACAAAAAUGGACUUUACAAUCGGCAUCCUUGGCAUACAGGGUGGUUUUUCUGAGCAUGAAUGUGCUCUACGAAAAUGCCUCAAACAAAAUGGUGGUGUGUUUGAGGAUAUUAAUCUAAAAGUACAUAGAGUGACCCAGGCCUCGGAUGUUCCGGGUUUGGAUGGCUUGGUUAUCCCCGGGGGUGAAAGUUCGGUUACAUCUCGGAUCUUGGACGAUGCGAUCAUGGAUGAAUUAUGCACGUGGGCAAAUGACGAUAAACAUAUUUUGUUUGGAACGUGUGCAGGCUUGAUAGUAUUGUCCAAGAAUAUCGAGAAUUCUAUGGCGGGGCAACAGCGACGCCUUUCAAAGGUAAAGGGGUCUACCCUUGGUUACUUUAUACAAUGCGACCUAACCCACUACACACACAAAAAUCGCACAUCUUGUAGCAAGUCUGCCAACAAGUUGUGUUCGCACUGCUUGUCCCAAGUUGUCAACAAGUUUGCAUGGAACAAGCUGUUAACAACUUGUAACAACCUUGUUGAUAUUAUCAGACUUGUUGCAAAGUUGUUCCAACAAGUCCGAUACAGUCAUGAUAUAACAAUAUUGUUACAAUCUUGUGUCGUCAGCCUUGUAACAUUCUUGUUAUGUCAUGACUGUAUCAGAAUUGUUAGAACAACAUUGUAACAAGUUUGAUAAUGCCAUCAAGCUUGUUACAAGAUGUUACCAGCUUGCUUCAACUGGGAAUGUGAACACAAUGUUACAACUGGGAAUGUGAACACAAGUUGUCGACAGCUUGUGAACAGAUUUGUAAUAACUUGUUUGCAGACCUGUAAGUUUUUAUGUGGGUAGGUUGCAUUGUGCUCCAAUGCACCAUACUUAGAUUAAAGUAUAAAUUACAAGUCAUUGAUGCCAUGGUUGAUGUAAAAUCCAUCUAAAAUGUACAUUUGUAUUUCUGUAGCUGGCAAAACUUGACAUUACAACAAGUCGAAAUUACUUUGGUCGGCAACUAAACAGCUUUGAAGGUCAAAUCCACAUCAAGGACAAAGAAGUUUCCGAGUUGCACACUGGCAAAAAUGACGCACCCGACGUAUGUAAUGGAGUGUUUAUCCGAGCCCCAGGAAUCGUGUCGAUAAACAGUCCGACUGUUAAAACAUUAGCAACCAUACAAGUCGGAGAGAAAGAAGUCAUUGUUGGCGUACAAGAUAAGAACUGUAUUGCAUUAGCAUUUCAUCCCGAAUUGACAGACGAUAUCAGAUGGCAUGCUUAUUUCUUAACUAUGAUCAUUAAGAGAAAUUCAAAGCAGUGAAUUGCACAGUAGAUGUAGACAUAAUGUACAUUUUUGGAAUAUGGUGAAGUGAAUUAACAUAAUAAAGCCAAGAUGUCUUUAUAAAAAAAAUUAAAGUAAACCUCACAAAUUUACACAGUCAUGCAAAAUUAUAUAACAGGGUAGUCAAAAAUUUGAAUCGGAAAAUUCUUGAUAAAUAUGAUCAACAAGACAACAACAUGUAUAGUUGAUAUUGAUAUAAAUAACAAAUUAUUUCAUAAUAGUGUUAAGCUACAGUUUGCAUUUUGUCUUGUUACAGGCAAUAAAAUGAGUAAAAACAUUGUGGACUAGUGUAACAGACAGUAUAUAUACCAUUACCUUAUGUUGACCUGUUUUGAAACUGUAGUUCAGAUUUUUAUAAAACUAUUGUUCCAAAAGCUUUUGUGAAAUUUAAUGCCCUUUUUCUAUUUUCACCUAUCCAGAUCACAAAAAUAAAGUCUCACAAAGUUUUGCCUCGAAAAAAUCGUGAAAUUAAGUAUGUGCUAAAAUAAGUAUGAAUAAGGUGGUACAAUAGUCUUAUCUGAAUAAAGCCCCGUUUACACUACGCUCAAUUUUUGGUACGGCACGGAUAAAAUUGGUACCCGUACCACUUUUUUGGGUUCUUGGACUACCUAUUUAGCUAAGCCCUGUUUACACUACGCUCAAUUCUUGGUACCGUACCACUUUUUGUGGUAAAAGUGGUACUGGUACCAAUUUUAUCUGUGCCGUACCAGAAAUUGAGCGUAGUGUAAACAGGGCUUAAUUAAGUAAAUAGACUGGUGAUAGCCUAUUGAAGGGAAGAUGGCUGUGAAACUCAUUAGAAUAACAAUGUAACUCAUCUGUGUUAGUCAACGUUUAUUCAUAAAUCUGAUCCUUCACCGUCACGUGCGUAUUGUAUUUUUGCCCAAGUAACCUGAACUAACCAAUAGCAAUGUUUUAGAAAAGUUACCUAUCCAUGACUCAAACAAUAGAUUGGAAAUUGCUAUUGGUGGGCUGUUUGGUAAAAAUACAAUACACACGUGACGGCGAAGUUCCAGAUUUAUGAAUAAACGUUGACUACUAACAUAGAUGAGUUAUAUUGUUAUUCUAAUGAGUUUCACAGCCAUCUUCCCUUCGAUAGGCUAUGGACUGAUCUAUAUGUAGACUUUCCAAAGUCCAUUACUGUAGGUUAUAAUACUGCUAUCAUUCUACUGGGUGACUUGUGCAAGACUGGGCAAUAUAUUCAGACAAAACCACAUUAAUUGUUUUGGCCUCACUGAACUAUCGUUGACACUGGUUCAUAGACUCUAAGUUUUGCAUCAAGCAGUUUCCCAUAAAGAAAAUUAUAUGGAUGACAAUAUUUGGUCUUCGCAUUGUUACAAUCAACCAGUUCCUUCCCCUCAUUGGCCCAUUUAAAUAUGGAUCCUUCGAGAUUACACAGUUCCGAUGUUAUAUCAAUUUUUUGCAUUUCUUUCAAUAUUUUAAAUUCAGGGUAGAGUUUUUGCACCAUGUUUGACGAACGAUACCCGACAGAGCAGUAACACAAUAUUUGCACAUGAUGGUCGGUAAUAUCUGAAAUGUAAGACAAUGGAAAUCAGCACCGUAUAAUUUGCCUGGAUACCGUGGAAAUAAAUGUCCAAAUUUC